UACAAGCUCGCAGCAUCGAGGGAGAGGAAAGAACUGAGAUAUUCAAGAGAAAUACGUUUAGAAUUCGAGAGAGAGAGAGAGAGAGAGAGAGAGAGUUCAGACAAUGGCCUCGAACAAAUCUGCAAUCGUAUUACCUGGUUCAAAGGUGUUGAAGCACAUAGUUUUUGUACGGUUCAAUGAUGCGAUCACCGAUGAACAAAUUGAGAAAUUUAUAAAAGACUAUGCUGAUGUCGCUGAUGCAAUCGAGUCCGUGAAGGGAUUUGGCUGGGGUAAAAACUAUCCUGUUCAGAAACUGAACCAUGAUUACCUUUACGGGUUUGAGCUUUCAUUUGACAGUCAGGAUGCCUUCGAUGAGUAUCGUCAAUCUCCUGUUCUCACUGAAUUUAAUGCCAAGUUUUUGCCUGCCUGUGCAAGCCGUAUGAUCAUGGACUACUAUCUCUUCUAAGUCUCUCCAAGGACAAUGAACCUCUGCUGCCCUGCAAUUUUCAUUUGUAAAUGGAAAUAUGCUGAAGUAAUAAAGAUCAACUCGUGUUGAAUGUUUCUUUGGUUAAGUUAAAUUGAAGUGCUGUAUAUGUUGUAAGCCUUUGUGUGGUUCAGGGUUUAACGAUCCCUAUCAAUAAACAAAUAUUUUAUGAUA